AUGCCGAAAAAAUCAUUUGCAUUGGUCAAAUGGACAGAGGGAAAAUAUAAAGAUACUUAUACAGCUGGCAUGGAUGUCAACUGCAUAAAAAAAUUUGAUUAUAAAAAAUUUAAAAAUGAUGAAUAUGAUCCAGAGCAAACUUUUGCUAUUGAAUGGCGUGAUUCAGUACGCAAACCACUUGGAGGUUGGCUACUUUAUGAAGCUAUUAUUAUAGCAGUAUCAGCUAACAUAAAUGUUUUGGAAAAAAAAAUGAAUAUUAUCGAUGGAUUUCAAUCACCUGAUCGUACAAUAAACAAUUCGUUUGCAUCAGAUAAUGAGGAUAAUGAAUCAGUAUCACCAAAAAAAAACCUAACAAAGAAGAUGAAAUCACCGAGUGAUUUAAAUCUUAAAAAUAAAAUUGAUAAUUACAAAAAAAAAAAAACAAGUGAACCCUCAAUCAAUUUGGAAAAUGAUGAACCAGAAAAAAAGUCAAGUAUUGAAAAUUCAGAGAAUGACAUUGAUGAACUUGAAGCAAAAAAUAAAAGAAAGUCAUCAGAUAAACAAUAUGAUACUGAUGAACUUGAAACAACAAAUAAAAAAAAGUCAUCAGAUAAACAAUAUGAUACUGAUAAACUUGAAACAACAAAUAAAAGAAAGUCAUCAGGUGAUCAUGAAUAUGUUACCAAAGCAGAUUUAAAAAGCUUUACAGUGGAUAUCCUAACUCAACUUGGAAUCAAUCCUACUAAAAAAAAAAGGUCAUCAAAUUCUAUGAAUGAAGAUUCCAAAAAUGAUGCUACUCCAAAGAUGAAGGUUUUGAAAUCUAAAGAUGAAAAACACCAAUUUGAAAUGUCAUAUGAAAAAUGGAAAACUGCAAAAACUAGACCAUCUUACACAACAAUGGCAUGGUCAUUAGUUUUGGCAGCAUUUGAAAGGGACACAUUACUUCGUAGUAAUUACCAUGGAGGUGUUUCAAAAAAAAAAAACAAUGAUGGAGAUAAUAAUAUUAAACUUCAACGACUUAAUGAUAAUAUUAUAAGCAUUAUAAAAGAAACUGUAAAAGAAAAAUUUCCAACGAAAUUUAAUGCUGUAACAUUGGGCUCAAAUAUCAAUACACGAUUGUCACAGUUACGAAAUAAUACAAAAAUUGAAUAGAUAAAUUUUUAU